GCCGUAGUGUCUGAGGGGUGGACGCUCUCAGACCGAGCAGCGGGCUGGAAGCGAGGCAACGAGAGGAGUUGGCGCAGCACUCUUGCGUGUGUGCGGGGAAGAGUUUUACACCACAAAACGGACAUAAGAAAGUUUAUUUCGGACCUUCACCGAGAAGCGGGCCUGACGGCGCCGAGCCCCCGAACAGGAGAGUCGUGAGGACACAACCAUAAGUGAUGCGGAUCCUUCCAGCCUGUGUGCUUUGAAUCACAGCAGGAACGCACACACACACGCAGUGAGUCAUGUCAGAGAAGGAGGGUCGCUGUGAUUUGGCCCUCGCCCCGGGGCAGGUCUAUGUGGAGGUGGAAUAUGACUAUGAGUAUAAGGCCAAAGACAGACUCAUCUCCAUCCACCAAGGGGAAUGCUACAUGCUGGUCAGAAAAACCAAUGAAGACUGGUGGCAGGUGCGUCGGGAGGAGGGCACCAGAGCCUUCUACGUGCCCGCCCAGUACGUGCGUGAGGUGAGGAGAGCACUCAUGCCGCCCCCCAAACCCCGCGCCAAGCCCCCCAACAUCCUCCACAUCACCCAGUGCCCUUCAGCCAACGACAACCCCCAGCAUCGAGCUCCGUCAGAUAUGAUCAGCUUCGGACGCCCGUCCCCUUCCACCACGCCUUCCCCUUUACCAGGGCAACAGACCCCACCCUUACUGCUGCGGGACACCAAUCAGAACGCAGGCAUGAAGGACGUGCUUGCUGAGCUGACUCUCCUUAACAACAACAACCAUCAUAACCAUCACCAUGGCAACUCGCUUCUCCCGCGCAUCAGGCCGGAGUCGCCACCCAAGGAGCCGAGUUGCCGGGGGAAACCCCCGGGAGGGUUGCCGUUGGACACCGACAGUUCCUCGCCGGGAGAAGGGUCGGAAAAAUUACGUAACGAUUCAGAAUCCGGAGACGAACUGAGCAGCAGCUCCACGGAGCACAUGCAGACGGUGUCACCCACUGGACAGGGCCGUCCGGAGUCCCCCGUCUACACUAACCUGCAGGAGCUGAAGAUCUCUCAGUCCUCUCUGCCCCCCAUCCCCUCCUCCUCUCCCCUGCAUGUGCUGGGUGACUGGGAGACGCAUAAAGACCUGAGUGGGAGGCAUUUCUACUACAACCGUACCACCCAGGAAAGGACCUGGAAACCACCCCGCUCACGAGACACCAACGGGAGCAGCCGCACAGACACAGCCAGCACUGGAGACAUGGAGCCGCUGUCCUCUGAAGAGAACUACCUGAGCACUCACUCCAGUCAGUCAGACAGUCAGUAUGGAUCGCCCCCUAGAGGCUGGUCCGAAGAACUGGAUGAGCAUGGCCACACACUUUAUGUGUGUGAAUACAAUAAUGAGAAGUGGAUAAAGCAUGUGGAUGAGCAGGGCAGGCCAUACUACUACAGUGCUGAUGGAUCCCGCUCUGAGUGGGAGCUCCCCAAAUACAAUCUCUCCCCUCCAAAUGCUGGAGAUGCUCCCAAAAGUCGCAGUUUAGAAAGGAAGCAGCCAGACCCCAUUGUCCUCACUAAGUGGAGAUACAGCACCUACGUACUUGACCUUAGUGACAAGCUGUCAGUCAAAAGUAGGCGGUUCACCUCGGGACGCCUGUCCAGGGCUUUUGGCCUGUCAUUGUACAGACAACAAGAGUCUGGAACCAACAAACACAACUCUCCCGACUCCGACUCAUGUCCCUCCUCACCUAAACACCCCUCUACACCCUCAGAAAAGUGUGGCGUCCUCAAUGUCACCAAGAUCACUGAAAAUGGAAAGAAAGUCAGGAAGAACUGGAUGUCAUCCUGGACUGUUCUUCAGGGGUCCACGCUGCUCUUUGCUAAGGGUCAGACCAGCAGCAGCAGCUGGUCCUACUACCGCAAUGGCUCAUUCCCUGAGCUCCUCCUCUCGUUGCUAAGCAACUGGAAGCGUUCAGUUAAGCCCCGCCCUGCGGUCUCCUAUAAGCACUUUGGGCGUGGCCAGCCUUGCUCUUUUGGAGGAAACCAGUCAAAACCGGAAUUCACUGUGGACCUGCGUGGUGGUUCAGUGGAAUGGGCAUCCAAGGAAAAGUCCAGUAAGAAACAUGUCAUUGAGCUAAAGACACGUCAGGGCACAGAGCUGCUGAUCCAGUCAGAGAUAGACAGCGUCAUCACCGACUGGUACAAAGCACUCACUGAGGCCAUCAAUACACACGCAUGGGAAUCAGAUGAGGCCAUUGAAGAGGACAUGCCUGAAUCUCCUGGAACUGAGAAACAAGACAAAGAGAAAGAUCACAGAGAUCUGAAGAAAAACAAAGCAAUGAAGAGUUCCGCCAGUAUGGAAUCAUCAGAUCAGAAGAAGACCAGAGUAAAGCUUAAGAAAUUCCUAACACGAAGACCCACCCUACAGGCUGUCAGAGACAAGGGCUACAUCAAAGAUCAGGUGUUUGGGUGCAGUUUGACCAGUCUCUGUGCCAGGGAGAACACCUCAGUACCCAACUUUGUCAGGAUGUGUAUUGAGCAUGUGGAAAAAACAGGCUUAAAUAUUGAUGGCUUAUACAGAGUCAGUGGCAAUCUGGCUGUCAUUCAGAAACUACGCUUUGCUGUCAAUCAUGAUGAGAAGGUGGAUCUAGAGGACAGCAAAUGGGAGGAUAUCCAUGUGACCACCGGUGCUCUGAAGAUGUUUUUCAGGGAGCUUCCAGAGCCUCUCUUCACCUAUGCCUCUUUUAAUGACUUUGUUAAUGCCAUCAAAAACUCUGACUAUAAGCAGAGGGUCCAGGGCAUAAAAGACCUAAUCAAGCAGUUGCCAAAACCAAAUCAGGAAACAAUGCAAGUCCUGUUCAAACACUUGAAAAGAGUGAUAGAUCACGGAGAGGCGAACAGGAUGACUACUCAGAGUGUGGCCAUCGUCUUCGGCCCCACGCUCCUGCGGCCUGAGACCGAGACGGGUAACAUGGCCGUCCACAUGGUCUACCAGAACCAGAUCGUAGAACUGAUCCUGCUGGAAUAUGAGAACAUAUUCGGCAGGUAGAGCAUCUGUGGUGUGUAGAACAUCGCUCGCGUCACCUGCUCGAGAAGGGUCCAGAGAACACCAUGCCGAAACACGACCAUCGCAGAAUACACCAUGUAAAAGCAAAGGCAGGCUUUCAUUCGCUAUGGACCAAGCUUAGUAGAGAACAUACACAAAGAGAGGAAUGACUGAGUUAUGGAGGGUUGCAAAAGUGGUUGAAAUAAUACAAGAGUAUAGAAAGGUACUUUAUGCACUUCAUGCUUUGAGGCUUUUGAUGAUGUACAGAAUUUUUGAUUUUCUGUUUGGUUUACCAUUCCUGAGAAGAAGCUGCUUCUGCUCUUGACUGAGAAUAAGCUGGAUUUUUUAUUUUAAUUUUUGGACAAUUUAAAAUUGGAAAAGUCUCCAUUUGUGCUUUUGCAGAGGAUGAGAAUAGACAGUCAUUGGAUACUGCACUCCUGUCUUGACCAGUACAGAUGGCCUGAAGAAGACUGCUAUGGGCUGAGGACUAUGGGAGUUCUUUGAGGUGUAUGUGUAUAGUGAAUACUGAAGAAAGGCUUCUGAAACUGGACUAAUUUUUGCUCAGACGCCCUCUGUGCUUUGGGCGAAUCUGCACUUGACGUUCUGGACCUUUUUUUCCUUCAUGAAAUACAGUGGACUGUUAUGGCAAGCAGUAUUAUUUCUCAGUGACUACUAAUCUAUGGAAAGGGAGUCAUUUACCAGGCUGAGCUAAAUAAAUAUGAAUAACGACUUACUGUCAGUAUUACAACUGGACUCUUUCAGGAUCCAGAAGGAUUGGCAUGGCUUACUUGGAUGUGUUUUUCACCUUUUUUCUUGCUCUUAUCAAAAAGCUUAUAGCAUCUGCCCUUUUGACUGCAGACUCUAUUCUUCGAAAGAACCGGAAAGAACUGCCUCUUCUAUCUCCAAGACUGGAUACUAGAUUACUACCUUGUGACAGCAUCUCACCUAAUAGGAUCUCAGAACAGCUGUCUGAGCUUUUCAGGAACUCUCCACUGUAACUCUCUAAUCAAGUAACUGGACUGUGACAAUAUGAUGGCGUGUGUGUGCUGUCAGACCUGUGGUUAAGACUGUGCUGCUUAUGUGGGAUAAAAUGAAGCAUUCACGUAUUACCUGUGGAACAGCUGGAAGUACAUGAGCGGAUCUUGUAGGGGUUGUACCAAUUCGUAAUUUGUUGUCUGAAUAUGUUCGCUAUGCCUCUGUGGGUGAAAAACACAAGUGGCUAUGGAUUAAUUAGAAAUUUGGGGAAUGUGUAACUCCUCACUCACCUUGUUUGCCCUGCCCCCUUUAUUUUUCUGCUUCCCCUUUCCAUCCUUGUUCCUUUGCUUUCCAACUCUAGUGUUACUGGAAUUUGAAAGGGGAGAUGUUUAAGUUUGCAUUCAGUCUUACCGCUUCAAUUUCAGAUCAAUAGUGGUACUCCCCCUCUAAUCUUCUCUCUGUCCCGCUUUCUUUAGUCUCUACGUAAAUAUGAACAGCAAAAGACAGGAGGGCUCGGGGAAAUAGUGUUGUGGUGUGACUGUACACAAUGUGAAGAUUCUUUUUUAUAUAUGAGAUUUCGAAAGCGAGUGUACAGAUUACCUUUAAAAUAAUACUUGAUGAACCAGUUGUUAUAAAAAAAGAAUGCAAAUAGCGACUGAAGUGUGAACAGAUUGCUCUAAUAUUAUAUACAUUAAGAAUAAUAAUAAAUAUUAGAUAUUAAUUGCUUCAGAAAUAAAGAAGGGUUGGUAUCGCAAUGCAUUGUGAGCAGCACAUUUUGAAUGUAAUUCUGAGACUAACUACUGUUUCUGACAUGGACGUGUCUAAUUCUAAUUAAAAAGAAUACAAAUCACAUAAA